GCUGUAAAACUCAAAGGGAAGCCAAAGAGUCAGUGGAGGUAAACAGAAAGCGUCUUUUAGGGACGAUUUACUCUCAGAGGUGCGACGAGACACACGGUACAACAGGUAGGCCCGGUGCCGCCGGCUGGGUUAGCGGCGAUCCGUAGGUCGCGUCGGGUUUGGACCCUCAAAGUUCUGGGUUUUCAGCGAGAGUGAGAGGAUGAACGUGGUCGGCCGGCUGGAGGGCUAGAUGCGGUCGUCAUGGUGAAGGAUGUUUCGGAAGGUCAAGAAGCGCCACAGCAGCAGCAGCUCGCAGAGCAGUGAGAUCAGCACCAAAAGCAAGUCAGUGGACUCCAGUUUGGGAGGACUGUCCAGAUCGAGCACCGUCGCCAGCCUUGAUACAGACUCCACCAAGAGCUCAGGUAACAGCGCAUCUGAUACGUGUGCUGAGUUCCGCGUGAAAUAUGUUGGAGCUAUCGAGAACUUAAAGUUUGAAAUGAGUAAAACCCUUCAGGAGCCUCUGGACCUCAUCAACUAUAUAGAUGCUGCUCAGCAAGAUGGAAAGCUGCCCUUUGUGCCGGGAGACGAGGAGAUGAGCCUUGGAGUUUCUAAGUAUGGUGUGAAAGUGGCCUCGCUGGACCAGUGUAACGUGCUGCAUCGCCACCCGCUCUACCUGAUCGUGCGCAUGCUGUGUUACGACGACGGCCUCGGCGCCGGCAAGAACCUCCUGGCCCUCAAAACCACCGAUGCAGAACAAGCGGACUGCAGCAUCUGGGUGUACCAGUGCGCCAGCGCGGAGCAGGCGCAGUCCAUCUGCAAGGUGCUGUCCUCUUCCUUCGACUGCGCUCUGAUGUCGGACAAGUCCUGAGGCCACGGAACCAACACCAGGAACCACCGCAGCUGCAUUGUCUCUGUCGAAAGAUUGCAACCGUUUCCUCUUUUUGCCGUCGUGUCUUUAACAUAUGCCGUUUGCAGGACUUGAGCUUUGAUGCAUUAUGUACUGGUUGCCCAUUCAACACAGAUGUGACUUUAAUUUAAUCAUAUCCCUGGAAGUUUACCUCACAUGUGCCUUUGGGCCUUUCAUAAUAAUAAUAAUUAUAAUGGCAAAAGGGAUGAUGUUGCAUUAAGACAGUGAUGUUAAUGUUUAAAAUGGUACGUCUCAUCACUCGUCUGCUAAUUCAUGGGAGAGGUCACAGACGGUACACAGGCUUCAUGACAAGCACACGCCUUAAACCACUCAGCCCCGUCUUAUGUCUUAACGAGUGCUUUGCAGAAGUAGUUCCUUGGACUGACAGGUACGUUACAGAGGCGGCGGAGGCUUGUUUUAAAUUUCUCUGUUUUUGCACAUGUCCUGGAACUAGAAUAGUUCUUUAUGUGUCUGUUACGAUGGUCUCGCGAUGAGUUUUCAUCCAUUAGAUGGAGCUCUAGCUGCAUCACACGCUUCAGUGGGUGACUGGAACUGUGUAUGAAGGACUGAAGACUGAAACAUUACGAAAUACACAAUGUACGGCCAGAAAAGAAAUAAAGGAAGACUUGUUUGUAGAAGUCAGAAAAUUUAAGAAGCAGACCAAAGCCCUUUAUGGUUUCAUAUUUUAUUCUUCCAGUUUCAUUUUCCCAUGUACUUGCACAAUAAAGUUAAGAGUUGAUGCAGUGAUCCACA